AUGGAGAUAUCGUACUUAAAGGACCCCGAACGGGUUUGCUCGGAUGAGGUAGUUGCUGAUGCUAGUCUGAGAGCACCACGCACCAAGCUCGUAAGAGACAUGCGGCCCAACCAAGACGACUUCAAGCUCGACAUCCACGGAUUUCAAGUCCUCCACCUUCCGUACCGGGAACGCAAUGAUAAAGACGGUUCGGAGAUACAGACCAAGUAUUACAAGGAAAUUGAGGACCUGCUGAAAGAGAAGAUCGGCGUGAAGCACGCCUUCUGCUUCGCGCCGGUGUUGAGACCUCUUGACCUAUCGGACAAGCCUAUCCCUAACACGCAAAAGACCAUCCCACGGCCCCAUCUGGAUUUCGGUCCUAAAUCGGCAAGCGAGGGAUGGUGGACCUGGUUCACCGAUGACAACCUUCGAGCAGCCGUCCCCGAGUGGCUUGAGUCAAUCGGUGUAGAUCUCUCAGACGCCGAGAAAGCGCCCCGUUUCUCUAUACUAGGACUUUGGCGGCCUCUUUACAAGCCCGUAGAGAGGGAUCCUCUUUGCGUCUCAGACUUUCGAACGGUCCCGGAAGAGGAUUAUGUAAUCCUGCAGCCAAGAAAGCGAAAGACCUACGAUGGUGAAUGGUCAGUAUUGAAGCAUGGGGAGCCUGAUGUUGAUCACCAAUGGUGGUAUUUGUCUAACCACGGGCUGGAAGAGCUGCUGGUAUUCAAGCACCAUGACUCGAGGAUGGAUAAAGCCUGGAGAUGUGGCCAUGGGGCUUUUGCCAUACCUGGCACUGAGCAUCUGCCAGAUCGGGAAAGCUUGGAAAUCCGCGCAUUCUGUGUCUACUAG